ACCGCUCAAAUCGCCCAGACUCGCCUGGCCACACUGACAUGUCAACUUUUUUUUCUUUGUGUAAUUUUUUGUAGUGAAAAUCGGUAGAGUUUCGAGGCACAGUUUAUCGGCUAAAUAGAGACAAGCACAAGCGUUCCAAUGUCGGAGAACAAGGAAGACACCCUGGCCAGUUUUCAGAACAUCACGGGCAUUGACGACGUGGGCGAGGCCUUCUCCCACCUGGAGGCCGCCGACUGGAACCUGAUGGAGGCCCUGAGUCGGGUGAUGCCGCACGACGAUGCUCCGCUGGCCCAUGUCCAUCCCCAUCCCCAUCCCAUCCAGCAGUCGGAGCCACCAGCUCGUCAUCCGGUGGAGAGCACCAACGGCUUCCGUCCGCCUGGCUACGAUGAGCUGCCCGGGACAUCGAACGCAUCGGGAUUCUUCGCGGCCGCCCUGCAGAACCAAAACCAGAACAUCAAUCUCAACCAGCCGCACCUCCAGCAGAGAUUUCCCACGUCACAAUUGCUAGCCCAGCUGACGUCCAGCAUUAACCUGGACCCCGCGUCCAGCCAGAAUAACAACCAGAACGUGAUCGCCUUCAACAUCCACUUCAACCAGCAGCUCUACCAGAUCCGCUUGCCCUCGGAGGCCACUGUUGAGCAACUCAAGCGCAAAAUCUUCGAGAAGACCAGUGUGCCGAUGUGCAGGCAAGCCAUCAACGGAUGGCCGCCCUCCAAGGCCAGCGAUGCCCAGCAACUGGGCACUCGAAUCUGCAACCUCGAUCUCGCGGCGGAAAAUGAGCUGAUCCUAGUGGACCUCACCGACGACGGCUUCAUGGACACCGAACAGGACGAAGUGACGCAAAGGGUGGACAAGACCUUUACCCUCCUCAUUCAAUUUGAGUCGGACAGCCCUCUAACACUCAGCAUGCCCGGACGCACAACCAUGCAGGAGCUGAAGAUGAACGUGAGCGACAUCAAGAGCAUACCAGUGCGCCACCAGGAGUGGACUGGCUGGCCAAAUGGUUGCAACAACGACACCACUCUGGCGCAAUCUGGUAUAGAGCUGUCGCACAGAUUCGCCGUGCGAAGCACAGCACGUCCGGCUCAGAAUUCCAACCAGCACAAUGCAUUCGAUGUUGUGACCGUGGACAGCGAAAGUUCGGCUGAUGAAUUUGAGGACGCCACGGACUUUAAUAACGCCGAGUACAUAUUCACCGACUCGCCACCUGCUCAGCCACUCAACAGACAUUUAAUACCAAACAAUACGGACGAUGAGACCAGUGGCUCCACGCAGUUUGUAGAAAACUAUAAAGCUCGUUAUGGCGAGCCAUGUCCAGACUUCUUUGUGGGCAGCCUGGAGAGCGCCAAGCAGCUGGCCUGCCUCAGAUCCGCCAAGGAGCGCAAGCUAUUGGCCAUUUACUUGCAUCACGGCAAGAGCAUUCUCAUCAACGUUUUCUGUGAUCAACUAAUGAAACACGAGAGCAUAAUCCAAACAUUUAAGGAGAAGUUCGUUCUGUAUGGCUGGGACAUGACCUACGAGAGCAACAAGGACAUGUUUCUCUCUUCGCUGACGGCCUGCAUCAGCAGCAACGCGUCCCUGACGGCCAGGAACAUCAAGCUGGACAAGCUGCCGGCAAUCAUGCUGGUGGGAAAGAGCCGGCAGUUGGGCAGCAACUGUGAGGUUCUAUCUGUGAUUCACGGGAACAUUGGUCUGGAUGAUUUGCUGACGAGGCUCAUAGAAACCUGCGAAAUGUUCGAGGAGCAGCUGCAGGUGGAAAUACGGCAGGAGGACGAACGAGCGGCCCGUGAUCAGGUGAAGGCCGAGCAGGACAUGGCCUACCAGGAAACCCUGGAAGCCGACAUGGCCAAGGAUGCAGCUAAACGCCAGAAGGAGGCCGCCCAGUUGGCCGAGCGCAAACGCAUGGAGUCGGAGCGCGCAGAGGAAGACGCUAGACGCGAGUCCAUUAGAUUAGUUGCUCAACAAUCCCUACCUCAGGAGCCGUCCGAGCAGGAGGCGGGCACUUCCAAGAUCCGCGUUCGCAAACCCACUGGGGAUUUCCUGGAGCGUCGCUUCUUUACAAACAACAACCUGCAGGAUCUGCUCAACUUUGUGACGGCCAACGGAUUCCUCAUCGAGGAGUACAAACUGAUCAGCAGCUGGCCACGUCGCGAUCUCACGGCCAUCGAGAGUAGCCAAACACUGGCGACGCUCAAGCUCUAUCCGCAGGAAACGGUCAUCCUGGAGGAGCGAUGAUUCCUCUCGUUACUUUAAGGCAGUUUCGUUCGAUUGGGUUUAGUUAACGCAUUAAUAUUUGAGAAAAUGUAGAGAUACCUAUAAUUUACGUACUUUAAUUAAGCGGCGCAAGCGAAAAGCAUACACACCACAAACAUACAUACAUAUAUUACCUAUACCUAUAUCUAAAGAUAAUGAUAAUGUCUAGCUGCAGAGUUAAGAGAGUAAAGGUUUUAUACAACUACAUACUAAACAUAGGAGAUCCAAUACAAUCCGAUCGAGCAGCACGCCCCAGCACCAGAUACUACCGGUAAACAUAGAUAUAUGCAUGUAGCGCAGCAGAAAGAAGGAAAAAAACAAAGAGCAGAGCAGCAAAGAAACAAAAUACUGCAUUUA